AUUCGGAAAGAGUUCCAUGACACCUGGACAUAUCACUUGACACCCUAUGCACAAAACAGACUGGUUUUCUCAGUAAACGCUGACAGGGAGUGACGAGUUGUUACCAUGGCAGCCAGGCCAAUCAUGAAACUUGACGAGACAGUUGUGAACCGAAUCGCGGCUGGUGAGGUCAUCCAGCGACCGGCCAAUGCCCUCAAAGAGAUGAUUGAAAACUGCUUGGAUGCCCAGGCUACCAGCAUACAAAUCACGGUGAAGUCUGGCGGCAUGAAACUAUUGCAGAUACAAGAUAACGGAACGGGAAUUCAGAAAGAUGACAUGGAAAUUGUGUGUGAGCGCUUCACCACUAGCAAGUUACGGCAGUUUGAGGAUCUGAAUAACAUUGCAACCUAUGGCUUCCGUGGUGAGGCACUCGCAAGCAUCAGUCAUGUCGCCCAUGUGACCAUCACAACAAGAACGGAAGAUUCCAAAUGUGCCUACAAGGGUAAUUACGCUGAUGGCAAGCUGAAAGCACCGAUCAAGCCUUGCGCUGGCAACAAGGGAACACAAAUCACUGUUGAAGAUCUGUUUUACAACGUGAACACAAGAAGGAAAGCGUUGAAGAGUGCGAGCGAAGAACACAACAAAAUCGCUGAGGUUGUAAGCCGCUACGCUAUCCACAACUCCGGUAUUGCGUUCACGUUGAAAAAGCAAGGAGAAAGUUCAGCCGACGUCAGAACGGUGCAGAACGCAUCCACCCUGGACAAUAUCAGAACCAUCUACGGUCCGUCAGUGGCAAGGGAAGUCUUAGAAAUUGAAACAGAAAACAGCAAACUUGCCUUCAAGCUCCGUGGUUUCAUCUCCAAUGCCAAUUACUCCGUCAAGAAAUGUAUCUUCCUCCUCUUCAUCAAUCAUCGCCUGGUUGAAUCUUCAAGUUUGCGCAAAGCCAUCGAGAGCGUUUAUGCAACUUACCUUCCAAAGAAUACCCAUCCAUUCCUGUAUCUAAGUCUUGAGAUUUCCCCACAUAACGUCGAUGUGAAUGUUCACCCAACAAAGCAAGAAGUUCACUUCUUACACGAGGAGGCAAUCAUUGAGGACAUCCAGAAAAGCAUCGAGCAGAAACUUCUGGGAUCCAACGCUUCCAGGACGUACUUCACCCAGGCUCUGUUGCCCAGCGCUCCGGUCCCCAUCUCCGAUAUCACCCAGAAAUCCUCCGAGACACCCUCUGGCAACGCUACCUCCUCAACAGUCUACGCCCAUCAGAUGGUCCGGACAGACGACAAGGCCCAGAAACUGGAAGCCUUCCUACCCAGAAUGAAGACGCAGUCAACUACAGAUGAAAUGGACAGAGACAGGCAACAAGGUUGUAGUGGGAAUGCAGCACCAAGUACGAGUUCAGAAAACCAAGUCGAUGAGCCAAUGGAAACUGACGAUGGAGAAAAACCCUCGACAUCUUCUGCAAGGAAACCUCCAGUUGAAAACAGUCCAAAAGAGGCCGGGGAUGUGAAGACAUCAGGUCAGAGGUCACUGAAAGGUCGCCGUGGGGGUCAAGGUCACCAUCACCGAGAAAUCCGCCUCACCAGUGUCUUGUCCAUUCAGCAGCUGAUCGAGGAUGAAAUGCAUCAAGGUUUGAGAGAUGUGUUUCAUCACCACACGUUUGUGGGUCUUGUCAACGCUGAGCAUGCGCUGAUUCAGCACCAGACUAAACUCUACCUCGUUAACACUGUCAAGCUCAGCCGGGAACUGUUCUACCAACUCAUGAUCUUUGAUUUCGGGAAUUGCGGCAUCAUGAGACUCUCUACACCUGCUUCCAUCUAUGACCUGGCGAUGCUAGCUUUAGACUCGGAGGAAAGUGGCUGGACAGAAGAUGAUGGUCCCAAGGAGCAGCUGGCCAAGUAUGUCCUAGACCUCCUACAGUCUAAGGCCGAGAUGAUUGGGGAUUACUUCUCUCUUCAGAUCGAUGAGGAGGGUAACCUAUGCACAAUACCCUUGUUACUUGAUGACUACAUCCCAGCUCUAGAUAGACUGCCAAUGUUUGUACUCCGACUGGCCACGGAGGUUGAGUGGGAUUCUGAGAAAGAGUGCUUCGAAAGUUUGGCCAGGGAGUGUGGCCUCUUCUACGGAAUCCACAAAAACAUUCGUCUUGAAGAAAAAGACGGAAAAGAAGAGGAACCUACUGCCUCUACUAGUCAAGCGACUAUGCCAACUUACAACUGGAGGUGGACCAUCGAGCACGUCGUCUAUCCCGCCUUAAAAGCACUGCUCUUGCCUCCAAAGACUUUCGCCCAAGAUGCAAACGUACUCCAAAUUGCCAAUCUGCCAGACUUGUACAAAGUGUUUGAAAGAUGCUGAUUUUCGUGGCAGAGUUACCUUCUCCGUAGAACUUUCCUGUAUUCAAAACAAGAGCCAGUGAUCUUCAAAUUGCAAAAGGCUUCAUUUCUAUUGAUCAAGAAGUGACAAUAUUUGAGUCAUGUCUUCUGAAUGAACUGCGUGAAGACGAAGAUUUUUUUAAUUUAAAAGUACAUGUGUAUAAAGAAAUUAUUUUCAUUGGUUUUUUUCUAUAAGAGAAGAACUUCAGAAGCAUUCUGGAAGAUACUUUUGAUAUACUUUGGCCCUUUAUGUAAGGUUAUACAAAUUUAGCUGUUAUAUUUAAAAGUAUAUAAAAGAAAUUAACUUCAUCAAUGGGCUUUUUCUAAGAAAGAACUUCAGAAGCAUUCUAUUUGAUACUGUUUUAUAGAAGAUUGUUAUUGCCUUUUUGCAAACCGUAGCCCUAUAGUGAUGUGCAUGUAAAGAAUGAUGCUAAUAGUCGAUACUUUAUCCUUAUUUUCUGUUAUGCAAAUUUUGAAAAAAAAUAGUCCUAAUUUGUCAAGACAAAACAAACAAGCAGAUGGACAGAAUUACCGACAAGACCUAUUAUUGUGGAAUGAUUUGGAAACCUUACUCACAACUUUAACUUGAUAGUAGCUCGAACCUCAAAACUUCAGUACAUUGUACUUAAAACAAUAUCAUAUCUUGUUUUUCCCGAUAAGAAAUAAAUAUGCGAGAUUUUUCGUUUCCUACUUUCCUAA